CCCUCCGCUUUUCACCCUGCCUGGCUGCUCUCCUCAAAAAGUCGGGGUCCAAAUACCCCACUGCCGGUGCCUCAGGGCUGUCCCGGGAUCUGCGGGGGGGAUUUGUACCAUCCCAUAAAGUGCUCUCGGCUGCCUGGAGGAAAGGAAGAUGCAGGCUGGUGUGAGCCCAGCCUCUGCUUUACAAUCUCUUUCCUGCCACUAUAAAUAACCUCGGCGAGAGUCACUUCAAAGGGAAGAGCUGGCGGCGCAGAGGUGGUUUGGGGACCGAGCGGGACAGGGGCGUCCCACUGCCCGAUCCCACCCCGGCGCUUUGCAUAAAUAAAUAAAUCAUGCAGCAAGGGGAGAGGUGGAGAGAGAGGGCGAGCAGAGGAGGUGACUUUGGGAAGCCGCGCAGCUCGCUCAUCCCAGCCCCGUAGUUCGGAGGGAGUGUGUCAUGUUACAGGGGAGCCACGAUCAGCCAGAGCACAACGUCGCCGGAGCAGCUGAGAAUUACCUCUCUCUAAUGGGGACUUUCAUGUGCGAGCUCCUGGCCAGUCUGCGAAGGAACUGAAACCGACAGCUUAGAAAGAAUCAAAAACCUACCAGCGAACCAAAAGACUGAAAUAGAAGGGAAAAAAACAGGAGGGAAAAAAAAAAAAAUCUUGAUCAGAUUAUUUUUUCCCCCUCACACUUUUUGCUGCAGUUGGAUCCCUUUUUUCUGCACCCCUUUUAUGUGUGUGUGGUUUGUUUUUAUUUUUUAAAGACACCCCCCCUCCCCAUCCACUUUUGUCAUUAUUGCUGUCACUUCUGAUUUGCUGGCACUGGGAUUCCCUUCGACGUUGCUUUUUCUAUGCCUUCUGGAUUGUGCAUCUUGGAGUAGGAGUGAAGCUUUAUUUAUUCUAUUUAUUUAUUUAUUGUUUCUCAGGACAGGGAGGGAAUGUUGGAGGAGAAGAGCUGGAAAGGAGUCGACGAAGCAGCUUUUGACAGGGGGUGUGUGGCUCCCCCCAGGAGUGGCGAUGGGGAGAGAUGCUGCCGCCUCCCUCUCCUGCUGGGCUCGGGGCUGCCCGGCGUGUCCCUGCUCUCUCUGGUGCUGAGCCUCCUGCUGUACUUUCGGACCUCCGAUCUGCAGUCCCGGGUGUCCCACUUGGAAGCAGACAGACCCACGCAGCUCCCUGCCUGGCUCUCAGCAGACCAAAUGGAGACAGCUAUUUUGGGAAGAGUUGACCAACUGCUCAAUGAGAAAUUAAAGUUCCAUUUGCCAAGACAUCGAGAAGUUCGAGACACACACCAGCGAUGCAACUGCCCGGCAGGUCCGCCUGGGGACAAAGGUGCGAUGGGAAUCCCUGGGCGGCCGGGUGCUCCAGGAGAAGCUGGCAUGUCUGUCAUCGGGCCCCGCGGUCCACCCGGACAGCCUGGAACAAGAGGUUUUCCUGGAUUCCCGGGCCCUAUUGGCUUGGACGGCAAACCGGGGCAUCCUGGACAGAAGGGAGAGAUGGGUGCUGCAGGUCCCAGGGGACAACCUGGACCCCCAGGACAAAAAGGAGAGAAGGGUCAGUGUGCAGAGUACCCGCACAGGGUAAGUCAUUAGCGUUAUUAUCCUCUG